ACCAAGGAGGAAUAUGGAGAGUUCUGUAAGAGUCUUACCAAUGACUGGGAAGACCACUUGGCAGUCAAGCAAUUCUCUGUAGAAGGUCAACUGGAAUUCAGGGCAUUGCUGUUCAUCCCCUGUCAGGCUCCCUUUGACCUCUUUGAGAACAAGAAGAACAUCAAACUCUAUGUCUGCCGUGUGUUCAUAAUGGACAGCUGUGAUGAGCUGAUACCAGAGUAUCUCAACUUUAUCCGAGGUGUGGUUGACUCUGAGGACAUGCCCCUGAACAUUUCCCGAGAAAUGCUCCAGCAGAGUAAAAUCUUGAAGGUCAUUCGUAAAAAUAUUGUUAAGAAGUGCCUUGAGCUCUUCCCUGAGCUGGCAGAAGAUAAGGAGAACUAUAAGAAAUUCUAUGAGGCGUUCUCUAAAAACCUAAAGCUUGGAAUCCACGAGGACUCGACUAAUCCGCUAUGCCUUUCUGAGCUUUUGUGCUAUCACACCUCCCAGUCUGGAGAUGAACUGACCUCUCUCUCAGAAUAUGUCUCUCGCAUGAAGGAGACCCAGAAAUCCAUCUAUUAUAUCACUGGUGAGAGCAAAGAGCAAGUUGCUAACUCUGCUUUUGUGGAGCGAGUGUGGAAGCGGGGCUUCGAGGUAGUAUAUAUGACAGAGCCUAUCUAUGAUUACUGUGUGCAGCAGCUCAAGGAGUUUGAUGGAAAAAGCUUGGACUCAGUUACCAAGGAGGGCCUGGAGCUACCUGAGGAUGAAGAGGAGAAAAAGAAAAUGGAAGAGAGCAAGGCCAAAUUUGAGAACCUCUACAAACUCAUGAAAGAAAUCUUGGAUAAGAAGGUUGAGAAGGCGACAAUCUCCAAUAGGCUUGUGUCUUCACCCUGCUGCAUUGUGACCAGCACCUACGGCUAGACAGCUAACAUGGAAUGUAUCAUGUAAGCCCAGGCACUUAGGGAUAACUCUACAAUGGGCUCAAUGAUGGCCAAAAAGCACCUGGAGAUCAACCCUGACCACCCCAUUGUGGAGAUUCUGCGCCAGAAGGCAGAGGCAGACAAGAAUGAUAAAGCUGUCAAGGACCUUGUGGUGUUGCUGUUUGAAACUGCACUGCUCUCUUCUGCCUUUUCACUUGAGGAUCCCCAGACCCACUCCAACUGCAUCUACCGCAUGAUCAAGCUAGGCCUAGGCAUUGAUGAAGAUGAAGUGACAACAGAAGAACCCAAUGCUGCUGUUCCUGAUGAGAUCCAACCCCUUGAGGGUGAUGAGGAUGCCUCUCGCAUGGAAGAAGUAGACUAGGAGUUUCUACCUGCAGACCUUGUGUCCUUUGUGUAGUCUUCAUGGCUCCCUCAGCAGCCCUGCGUGGCCCUAACCCACCUGGUUUCCUCUGAUGUUUAGUGGCUUUUCCCCUCUCCUGUCUUUUCCUAAGGCAGGUUACAGUGGCCUCAAGCCCUCUCUUCUCAUAUUUGACAUAAUUUUGGAUUUUUUAUGUAUUGUGUUUUUUUUUUUUUAUUUUGUUCUGAAAUUAAAGUAUGCAAAAUAAAGAA